AUGGACCGACGAAGCCUUCUCAAGGCCGUGCGGCGGGUUCCGGCGUUCCGUCCUCUUUCGGCCACCGUCUCGCCUCAGGCGCUCCACUUGAGCCAGCAAGCGCAGAUCGAGCAGCUGGAGCGUUGGAAUAGUUUCCUGGAGGACUUGCGGCAUGUCUUGCUGUCUGAAAGCCAGGCGACUCGCAAGAACGGGGCCAGGGCUUGUCCAACGCCAAGUGCCCCACAGGGAACGGACUGUCCCUGGCCCCGAAACGCAGGCAAAGAGAAUGCCAAGGAGCCGAAGAAGCUGGGCCCGCAAGCAAGGCAGCCACGGACUCCCCGCAAAGGCCAGGAGCGGGGCGACGAGGAGGCCCUCCGGAGCGAGGAGGCGGCGCGUGAGGCACCGCGGUGGGCCCGCGAGCCCUUGCAGCCCAGCUGCGCGAGGCAGCGGCAGCGGAGUCCGCGGAGUGGUUGGUCGAGGUCCAAGGUGGAGCGCUUCUCCGGCUUUGGAUCGCUCUACCACAGUCGCGUCAACGCCGUGAGCGACAAAGCUAACGGCUUUUUCUGCGAACUUGGGAAGAAGCCUUCCGAGGAGGCGAAAGGGGCAGAGGCCCAGGCCGCCGCACCAGCCUUCGACUGA